CCGGGAAGAAGGGAUGACCCGGGUCGGAAGUUCCACGUGACCAUUCACCAUGGCUUCCCUGUGUAAGGGCCAGCUCUCCGCGGCUUCGCUGUGAUUUGUUUUAGCGGUGCUGUAGCCCCUCACGAUUUGGACAUGCAGAAAAUCAAAUCUCUCAUGACCCGACAGGGUCUGAAAAGCCCUCCAGAGAGCCUCAGCGAUCUUGGUGCCAUUGAGAGUCUCCGGGUCCCUGGAAAGGAGGAAUUCCGAGAACUUCGAGAACAGCCUAGUGACCCUCAAGCUGAACAAGAACUAAUUAAUAGUAUUGAACAAGUAUAUUUUUCUUCGGACUCAUUUGAUAUUGUUAAAUAUGAGCUGGAGAAGCUCCCUCCUGUUCUCAAUUUGCAAGAAUUAGAGGAGUACCGAGACAAAUUGAAACAACAGCAAGCAGCAGUCUCAAAAAAAGUUGCAGAUUUAAUCCUUGAAAAACAGCCUGCUUAUGUAAAGGAACUUGAAAGAGUUACCUCAUUACAGACAGGUCUUCAGUUAGCUGCUGUUAUCUGCACAAAUGGGAGGAGACACUUGAAUAUUGCAAAGGAAGGUUUUACUCAAGCUAGUUUAGGCCUUCUUGCAAAUCAAAGGAAACGUCAGUUGCUGAUUGGACUUCUGAAAUCUCUGAGAACUAUAAAAACAUUGCAAAGAACAGAUGUGCGCUUAAGUGAAAUGCUGGAGGAGGAAGAUUAUCCAGGAGCUAUUCAGUUGUGCUUGGAAUGUCAGAAAGCUGCCAGUACUUUUAAGCAUUACAGCUGCAUAAGUGAACUGAAUUCAAAGCUGCAAGAUACUUUAGAACAAAUUGAGGAACAGUUGGAUGUAGCUCUUUCCAAAAUCUGCAAGAAUUUUGACAUUAACCAUUACACUAAGGUUCAACAAGCUUAUCGACUUCUUGGAAAAACACAGACAGCAAUGGAUCAACUUCAUAUGCACUUCACCCAAGCCAUUCAUAAUACCGUGUUUCAGGUUGUUCUUGGUUAUGUGGAACUGUGUGCAGGAAACACAGAUACAAAAUUCCAAAAGCUGCAGUAUAAGGAUCUCUGUACACAUGUUACACCAGACAGCUAUAUUCCAUGCCUUGCUGACCUCUGCAAAGCACUGUGGGAAGUUAUGCUCAGCUAUUACAGGACUAUGGAAUGGCAUGAAAAGCAUGACAAUGAGGAUACUACUUCUACUUCUGAAGGGAGUAAUAUGAUGGCUACUGAAGAGACUAAUUUUGAUCGUGGCUACAUAAAAAAGAAAUUAGAACAUGGACUUACACGAAUAUGGCAGGAUGUUCAGCUUAAAGUAAAAACCUACCUGCUUGGAACUGAUUUGUCUAUAUUCAAAUAUGAUGAUUUCAUCUUUGUUUUGGAUAUAAUCAGCAGGUUGAUGCAAGUUGGAGAAGAAUUUUGUGGUAGCAAGUCUGAAGUUUUGCAAGAGUCUAUUAGAAAACAAAGUGUCAAUUAUUUUAAGAACUACCAUAGGAAAACAGUGGAAUUUAAAUUCAUGGAACAGUCUCGUUCCCCUUCAGUUUCACCUAGUAAGCAGCCAGCCUCAACUUCCUCAAAAACAGUGACCUUGUUUGAACAGUACUGUAGUGGUGGCAAUCCAUUUGAAAUUCCAGCCAACCACAAAGAUGAAGAAACAGAAGACGUCCUGGCUUCUAAUGGGUAUGAAUCUGAUGAACAAGAAAAAAGUGCCUAUCAGGAGUAUGACAGUGACAGUGAUGUUCCUGAGGAACUGAAACGAGAUUAUGUGGAUGAGCAAACAGGCGAUGCUCCUGUGAAAAGUGUUUCUCGAGAAACCCUAAAAAGCAGGAAGAAAUCAGAUUAUAGUCUAAAUAAAGUGAAUGCACCCAUUUUAACAAAUACCACAUUGAACGUAAUAAGACUUGUUGGUAAAUAUAUGCAGAUGAUGAAUAUUCUUAAGCCAAUUGCCUUUGAUGUUAUCCAUUUCAUGUCUCAGCUAUUUGAUUAUUACUUAUAUGCAAUAUAUACAUUUUUUGGUCGGAAUGAUUCAUUGGAAUCAACAGGACUAGGCCUUAGUAGUAGUAGACUAAGGACAACUCUAAACAGAAUACAAGAAAGCCUUAUUGAUCUGGAAGUUUCAGCUGACCCUACUGCCACACUCACAGCAGCAGAAGAGAGAAAGGAGAAAGUGCCGAGUCCACACCUCAGUCACCUAGUGGUUUUGACAUCUGGGGAUACAUUGUAUGGGUUGGCAGAAAGAGUGAUAGCCACAGAAUCCUUGGUAUUCUUGGCUGAACAGUUUGAGUUCCUUCAGCCACAUCUGGAUGCUGUGAUGCCUGCAGUCAAAAAGCCUUUUCUUCAGCAGUUUUAUUCUCAGACAAUCUCAACUGCCAGUGAACUACGCAAACCAAUUUACUGGAUUGUAGCUGGUAAAGCUAUUGAUUAUGAACAGAUGCUACUCCUAAUGGCUAAUGUGAAAUGGGAUGUAAAGGAAAUUAUGUCACAGCACAACAUAUAUGUAGAUGCACUGUUAAAGGAAUUUGAGCAGUUUAACAGGAGGUUAAAUGAGGUUUCUAAGAGAGUUCGGAUACCCUUGCCUGUGUCUAAUAUACUUUGGGAACAUUGUAUACGAUUGGCUAAUAGAACUAUUGUGGAAGGGUAUGCCAACGUCAAGAAGUGUAGUAAUGAGGGUCGUGCCUUGAUGCAAUUGGAUUUUCAACAGUUUUUAAUGAAACUUGAAAAACUAACAGAUAUUAGACCCAUUCCUGAUAAAGAAUUUGUUGAAACCUAUAUAAAAGCCUACUACCUAACUGAGAAUGACAUGGAACGCUGGAUCAAAGAGCACAGGGAGUAUUCAACGAAGCAGCUGACCAAUCUGGUAAAUGUUUGCCUGGGAUCCCAUAUCAAUAAGAAAGCAAGACAGAAACUUCUAGCAGCUAUAGAUGAUAUAGACAGACCCAAAAGAUAAUGAGCACAAUUCUGUUUUGAAUUGGCGUUGAUCUUCUUUCAACAUAUAUGACAUGAAAGCCAAUUUUUUCAUGCACUCCCGACAACUGUCUGCUAAAAAACCUUUGUGCAUGUUCUUUCCAACUGGACAGUGGAAAACACUGAAGUUUGUAUGGUGUAUGUUCUCAGAUGACUUUGACAUGCUCUGAUCUCUUCAACUUUUAGUCUCAUUUAUUGUACUCCUUUCCUGAAAUGAUAUUAUUGCCUCAUCAUAAAUAUUGUUAUGUGACUACAGUAUACAUGUUAGAGAAAAUGUACCAUAAGUGUGCAAUUAGGAAAGAACAGUCACAGUACAUCCAUGGGCAGUUUUUGGAGAAUGAGUUUGUGUUGGCAUUUUUUUAUCCUCUGAAUUUGGUUCUUAGUAAGUGUAAUAUAAGAGGGUUAUUGUACAGUAUCUCCUAAUUAUGAACACUGCAUGAGAACUGACAAGUACUUGUAAGCAAAAUAGUUGAAAAUCAGUAUGUUAUCUGUAUUUUGAAAUGUGAAAGUUUCUGUCAGGGUUGAUUUGGUUAUAACACAGUGAUCAUAAGUGGUGAAAUUGAAUAAAUAUUAUACUCUAAUAUGA